ACCCCAGCCAGCGCCGGGGUGAGGGGCUGCACGGGGCUCAUGGGCAGAGCAGGAGGGACCCGUGGUGGCUGCUGAUGGGACCCAAAGAGCCUGUUUGUGGGGCAGGUUUUCAUUGGCAACACCAACUGCAUCGACCCCACCAGCUCCAGCCCCAGCCCUCCCUGCCAGCACCCAGCUGGGGGCUGGCACAACGUCCCCAAAGGGUGCUGGCUGUGUCACCACCGCGGGGCUGGGACAUCCUGUCCCAACCCCUAUAACAAAGGCUGUGAAAGCCAAUGGCCAUGAGAGCGUGUCUGUCUGUCCAGGGUCUGGCUGGCUCCUGGCCACUAGGCAGCCAUGGCUGUGGUUGCCACCAUCCUCAGCCUGGUAGCCUUGCUGCCCGGGGACACCCUUCCCUGCACAACCUCACGCCCGGACAACACCACGGCCUCCAAGCUCCUGGGGACAUGGCUCUACGUGGCCGGGGCUGCCCAGUUCCCUCAGCACCUCCUGGAGAUGCUGCUCAUCGACCAUGGCUACCUCCUCGUGGAGCCCCACGUUGGGGAGCAGGAGCUGCUCCUCACUCAGCACGUGGGCAUACAGGACCAGUGUCUCACCAACAACUCCACCUACUUGGAAAUCAUGGCUGGUAACACCACGCUGGUGAGGCACGCCAAGACCCAGCAAACCAUGGGGACCCUGAUGAGCCUCAGCUCUGAAGACAUUUUACUCAUCCAGUACCAACUGCAGAGGGAAAGAACAUACUUGGGGCUGUAUCUCUAUGCCCGGAACCAGAGCGUGAGCCCAGCCCAGCAGGAAGAGUUUGAGAGCCAGGUCCAGUGCCUGGGGCUGAGCAAGAAGGAGAUCGUGUACGCGCCGUGGAAAAGGGAGCUGUGUCAAGUGAAGGAAGUGGAAGAAGGAAACAGCCCAGGCCUGGAGCCCAUGGCCACGGUCACAGCAUCACCUCCUCCAGUACCCACCAGCCCAGGUAACUAACCCCACCUUGGGCAAUAAAGGUCUUGCUCAACUUC